AUGGGCAUCGAGGGAGGGCGCGACUUGGUGGAAUCCAAGGCAGUGUCUUUAUCGGGGCAUUCAUCCUCCUCUUCCUCAGCCAUCAGUACUGAUCCGGAGAUUGAAGCCGAGGAUGGCGCAGCAGGCGAUUCAGUAUACAAGUCGCCCAUCAGCUCCGUGAAAGAAGCGUUGGAUCGACUGUACCGGAUGGCUUCAUUGAUCAGGAAACCGCCAUCCUCGAGCGAGAAUGUCAGGGUCAACCAAUUCCUGGGCAGGCUGCGCCAGAAACCUACCUCUGAGGAGCUACUAGACGUCGAAACGCAGCUCAAAGAUAUCGAAGACUACCAAAAGCUUCGCCAGGGGGCCGGGGCCUGGAUAGUAACCCCCCGCUUCCAGCCUCGUGCUGUCCCAGUCAAGGCCAUCGAGCAGAGCCAACCGACCACCCGGCGGCACACGCAGCAGCAGGCCAGACAGCAGCCCUCGGUGGCGCCCAGUUAG